AUGGUGGAAAAGUUAUCGGCCGAUGAUGUUCUAAAUACUUUAGGUAAAUUCAAAUAGUGAAUAAAAAAUUCGAAUUAAAGUUGGGUUUUCAGGAAAUUCAAACCCGCAUAUUUUGGCAUGUAUUUUAAUAUGUGGAAUACAAUGGACACCUUUAGCAUUUGCUGGUUUAUGUGCUUCUUUUAUUGUAAAAUCACCAGAUAAUUCAAGUUUCGUUUCAAUUUCUGAUGAGGUAAAACUUAUCUUGAUAACUCUUUUUUGAUCAAAAUUGUUUAGUUUGAUUUGAGUGGUGAUUCAAGUUGGUUGGCUGAUGGAACAACAACUUUUUAUAUGAUCGGAAAUAUGUUUGGUGCAAUAUUUAUUCCGCCAUUUGCUGAUAAAUAUGGUCGACUUCCAGUUUUUGUUGGAACAAUAAUUAUGAUGGCAAUUAGUGGAAUGGCAACUGCGAGUUCAAAUUCAUUCACACUUUUUUGCUUUUUUCGAAUUAUUCAUGGCGCAUUUUAUACAGCAUCUGGUUUAGCUGGAUGGGUUCUUGCAUAUGAAAAUACUCCACUUGAUCUUCGUUUUUUCACAUCUGUUUAUUUUGGAUUAUCAUGGGUUUUGGGUGCCUGUUUGCUUGCUGCAAUUUCAUAUUAUCUUUCGAAUUGGAGAUGGGUCAUGUUUUUUAUUUCCGUUCCAAAUUUAAUUGUUGCGGGAUUAGUAUUUUGGUGAGUCUAGUAAUUUUUGAAUUGGAUAAAAUUUCGGAAAAUUCUAAAGAGGCUUUCCAAAAAAUUUAAGAAAUGAGUCUUAAAAUCGUCAGUUUGUUCGAAAAAUGAAUUUUUGCACAUAUUUUUCCAAAAGUUGUAUUUAUUGCAGUUUUGUACCGGAAAGUCUUCAUUAUUUGGCCGGUCGGCAUAAAACAGAUGAUGUUGAAAAAUGGUUGAACAAAAUUGGUGGAGCAAAAAAUGACAUAAUGGCUUGCGAUAUUGUGGAAAGUGAUCCACAAAAAGAUAAAUCACUUGGAGAAUUAUGGAAUGAAAUAUGGAUUCAUAAAAUGUUUCUGGUUUAUAUUUUUGCAAUGACUUAUAUUUGGAUCGUCGACACUUUUAUCUAUUUUGGACUUUCAUUUUAUUCAACAGAUCUUGCUGGAAAUAUUUAUACCAAUUUUAUAUUGAUGAGUCUUGUUGAAGCACCAGCUUAUAUUUUGGCUCCAAUUUUCAUGAACAAGUGAGCUUUUUCUUUUUAGGAAAUAAUAUCAAAUAUGAUUUAUUUUAUAGAUACGGUAGAAAAUCGUUGAUUUGCGGAACACAUAUUUUGGCUGGUUUAUCAUUUCUUGGAAUUGUUCUACUGCCAUCAUAUUUGCAUAUUGCUUUUUGGCUAAUGGGAAAAUUCACAAUUUCAUGCUCAUUUAUGAGUAUUUAUAUGUUUGCGAGUGAAAUAUUUCCAACCGAUGGACGAAAUAAAUGUAUUGGAUUUUGUGAAACAAUGUCUCGAUUUGGUGGAAUGUUAUCACCAUAUUUAUCACAUUUGGUUUGUUUUUUUUUAAAUUCCGGGAAGAAUUCUAGAAUCAUAGUGUUUUGCAGGUUGUAAUUCAUUCUUUAGCACCUGCAAUAACUCUCAGUUUUAUUGCAAUCAGUGGUGGAUUAUUGACUUUGAUUCUACCCGAAACUCUGAAUACAAAACUUCCAUCAACAAUUGCUGAAACAGCUUCAAAACGAACAUUGAUUGAGAAAGCAUAA